AUGAUGGAGGAAAUUAAAAGAGAAUUAGCAGAUUUGAAAGCAAACUACAGAAAAGACACUUAUUCAAAUGUGUUAAAAAAUAAAACAUCCGCGCCGGAUUCCAUUAAUAAGCCUAGUCUGCCUACCAUAAUAAUUAGGCCUAAAAGCCAACAAAAUAUAGGCAAGAAUAAAGAGGAGGUGCAAAGGUUGAUAAACCCAUGCGAAAUCAAUGUUGGAAUUAGAAAUAUUAAGGAAACUAAGAAAGGAAAUAUUGUACUAAAGUGCGACACAGAACAGGAGCUAGAAAGACUCAAGAAAUCAGCAGAAAGUAAACUAAAAGAUAGAGGAGCUUGA